AUGUCGACACCACCAGGCGUCGUUGCCUACAAUGGCACAACAGGCAAAGCCGACUCUGGUCACUCGACCGGAGUCAGCGACCUCAACAUCUUUUACGACACCGGCAACAUGGCCUGGAUCACCGUCAGCGCCGCCCUCGUCCUGCUCAUGAUCCCCGGCGUGGGCUUCUUCUACAGCGGCCUCGCGCGCCGCAAGUCGGCCCUGUCGCUCAUCCUGCUGUCCAUGGUCUCCGUCGGCGUCAUCUCCUUCCAGUGGUUCUUCUGGGGCUACUCGCUGGCCUUUUCGCGGACCGGCAACGCCUUCCUGGGCGAUCUGACGCAGUUUGGCCUGCUCAAGACGCUGGCCCAGCCCAACGGCUCGUCCAACAUCCCCGACAUCUUGUUUUGCCUGUACCAGGGCAUGUUUGCCGCCAUUACUCCCGCCCUGGCCAUCGGCGCCGUCGCCGACCGCGGCCGCAUGCUCCCCGCCAUCGUCUUCAUGUUCAUCUGGUCCACCGUCGUCUACGACCCCAUCGCCUACUGGACCUGGAACUCCAACGGCUGGCUCUUCAAGCUGCCCUCGUACGACUUCGCCGGCGGCGGCCCCGUCCACAUCGCCUCGGGCACCUGCGCCCUCGCCUACAGCAUCAUGCUCGGCAAGCGCACCGGCUACAGCAAGAACAACGGCCUGCCCUACCGCCCGCACAGCGUCACAAACGUCGUCGUCGGCACCGUCUUCCUCUGGGUCGGCUGGUUCGGCUUCAACGGCGGGUCGGCGCUCGGCAUGAACCUCCGCGCCAUCAUGGCCUGCUUCGUGACGAACCUCGCCGCGUCUGUCGGCGGGGUCACAUGGGUCCUGCUGGAUUACCGGCUGGAGAGGAAAUGGAGCACCAUUGGCUUCUGCUCCGGCGCCAUCGCCGGCCUCGUCGCCAUCACGCCUGCGUCCGGUUACGUCACGCCCUGGGGAGGCCUCAUCAUCGGCAUCGUGGGCUCCAUCUGCUGCAACUUUGCCACCAAGCUCAAGUUCCUCAUCGGCGUGGACGACGCGCUCGACAUCUUUGCCGUCCAUGGCAUCGGCGGCAUGGCGGGCAACAUCAUGACUGGCAUCUUUGGAACCAACUCCAUCGCCCAACUCGACGGCAGCACCGUCCCCAAAAUCGGCUGGAUCCAGCACCACUGGGUCCAGCUCGGCAACCAGCUCGCUGGCAUCUGCGCCGCCUUCGGCUGGUCCUUCACCCUCUCCUGCAUCAUCCUCUUCCUCAUGAACCUCAUCCCGGGCCUGUCCCUGCGCGUCAGCGCCGAGGACGAGGACGUUGGCGUCGACGACUGCCAGCUGGGCGAGUUCGCGUACGACUACGUCGAGCUGACGCGGCACGUCACCGACGGGGUGCCCAUGACGCCCGCCGUGCUGAGCAGCAGCAGUUCGACGGCGGAGAAGCAUUCUGCUGAGAAGAUGCCUGUGUAA